AAAAUAAAAUAAGAAGGUCUUAGAUUAAAUUCCACAAUUUGAACUUAAACAAUGACAAAUGCUACUUUACCUGGCAGGAAACAACGAUUCAGGGGAGAUCAUCAUUUGUUCUCAGCUUCUGAUGAUACGACAGUGUUAAACCAACUUCGAGCCACACAUGCCCCUGAUGGCCGUGACAUUGAUGUCAAACCUCUAUUUCACAUCAUUGAGGACAUCUUUUACCGUGCUGCACCCACCAUUCCUGGCUCUACUCAGGGAGCUCAAGCACACCUGGAUGCUUUCGAUGACAAGGCGUUUCAGGCUGGAUAUGGAGAGAUGAUAGAGCUAUUGGCACACACGAUAAACAAAAUCUCUAACGAGAUAACUUGCAAGUGUUCUGUAAGUGGAGAUGCACAUGCAACAACUCUAUCAAUUUUCAACACAGUCUCAAACUACUCUUGGGAUGCAAAAGUUGCCCUCGCUCUUGCAGCCUUUGCGGUGUAUUACGGUGAAUUCUGGUUGGUUGCGCAACUCUACACAGUAAACCCAUUGGCAAAGUCUGUUGCGAUCCUUAAACAACUUCCCGAGAUAAUGGAACACUCAGAAUCCCUCAACCCUAAGUUUGAAGCAAUUGGCAACUUAAUUAAAGCUAUGGUAAAUGUAACCAAAUGUAUCGUAGAAUUCAAGGAGCUCCCACCUCAGUACAUAGCUGCACAUACAGCAGUGUAUGACACCGCUGAUGCUUUGAUCCCAACAGCUGCUUAUUGGAUCAUCCGGAGUAUAUUGGCCUGUGCAUUACAAAUUGCAGGUCUAAUAAGCAUGAGUUAUGAGUAUAUAUCGUCAACAACAGAGGCUUGGGAGCUCUCGAGCUUGGCUCAUAAGAUCAGCAGCAUAUAUGAACAUCUAAGAAAGCAGCUAGAUCUCUGUUACCAACACAUUGAUGAAAAGAGACAUAUAGAAGCAUACCAGUUGCUUGUUCGCGCAUUUGAGACACCCCACCUUGACAACAUGAAAAUUCUAAGGCUUUUGAUUCAUUCUGAAGACGAUCAGCUGUCCCUCUUCCAUGGUUCUGCAAAAAAAAGGGUAAACAUAGAUGUACUGAGGAGAAGAAAUGUUCUACUACUAAUUUCAGACCUCGACAUUUCUCAUGAAGAACUUUCAAUUCUUGAUCAAAUGUACCAAGAAUCAAGGCAUCAACCAGAAAGGAUGGAAAGUCAAUAUGAAGUAGUGUGGCUCCCGGUAAUCGACAAAUCUGUUCCUUGGACUGAAGAAAAACAAAAAGAGUUUGAGGCUUUACAAUCAAUGAUGCCAUGGUACUCUGUGUAUCACCCUUCAUUGCUUAAACCAGCAGUAAUUAGGUACAUAAAGGAGGUGUGGAACUUCAACAAGAAGCCUAUGCUUGUUGUUCUUGAUCCACAAGGUCGAGUUACAAACCCCAAUGCUCUUCACAUGAUGUGGAUUUGGGGGAGUUUGGCAUUUCCUUUCACUAGUGCAAGGGAAGAAGCUCUUUGGAGAGAAGAGACUUGGAGACUCGACUUGUUAGCAGAAACCAUUGAGCCAUUGAUCUUCCAAUGGAUGCAAGAAGGGAAAUAUAUUUGUUUGUACGGAGGAGAAGACCUAGACUGGAUACAGAAAUUCACCACCAAACUACACGAUACAGCACUCGCCGCCAACAUCCCCCUCGAGAUGCUAUACGUUGGUAAAAGCAACCUCAAAGAAAAGAUUCGUAAGAUAAACAAUGCGAUAGUUGCACAGGGGUUAAGCCACGUACUACCUGACGUAACUCUAGUAUGGUACUUCUGGGUUCGGCUCCAGAGCAUGUGGCACUCCAAAAUGCAGCACGGAAGAACUGUAGAGAAUGACCCCAUAAUGCAAGAGAUAGUAACAAUGAUGAGCUUUGAUGCAGGUGAACAAGGGUGGGCUAUGAUUAGUAGGGGUUCAACAGAGAUGACUAAAGCAAAGGGUGAGACUUUAUUGACAUGUUUAGAGGAUUUUGAUGAAUGGAAAGAAGAUGUCAAAGUGAAAGGAUUUGUGCAAGCAAUAAUUGAUUAUUUGCAGAAGCUUCAUACACCACAUCAUUGUAACCGUCUUAUAUUGCCUGGUACAACUGGAAGUAUUCCAGAUAAGGUAUUUUGUGCGGAGUGCGGGCGUACUAUGGAGAAGUUUAUCAUGUAUCGUUGUUGCACUGACUAGGAAAUCUCGAGUAAAAAUUCAAACAGAAACAGAAGCUUAGGUGUUGUUUGGUUGACAUGAGAAACAAUGGGAAGUGUAACUUCCUAGGAAGUGGAAGGUUGUAGUGUUGUUUGGUUUGCAAAAACAUGGGAAGUCACACUUCCUAGGAAGUUCUACUUCUCCCAAAAUGGAGAAAGUCGCUUACCAUGGGAAGUUAUUUUCCAUGUUCAACCAAACAACAUUUCUUACUUCCUAGGAAAUGUUAAUACAUGGGCAAUUCCUCUUCCUGAGAACUUUUACUUCUUAUGUUCAACCCAACGUUACCUAAGUUCAAUAAUUAGUUUACUUAUUUAUUUAACCAAAUCACCCCUUGGUUUGAUAUUGUAAUACAGUUUGGAAUAGCUUUAAUGUUUAUUAUUGUUCUAAUACAA